GAGAAGAACACCGAGAGAAACCUUGACGUUUGUUGUUUGUUUGCUGUUUUUUUAACAGAAUUUAAGAUUGAAUCUUGACCGCUGCGCCGAUAAUGGCCACUAGAAACUACCUAGCUGAGCUAAACGAUUACGAACUAAGAACAGGCUCCAAGGUGAGUUUUGAAGAGUCGAGCCCCGUGGGACCCGACCAUGACAAGACAUUCACCCAGUGGGUAGUCUGCAAAGGUGAGGUGUAUCCCAAAGGUGUGGGCAAGAGCAAGAAGGAAGCCAAGCGUAAUGCUGCUGAACAUGCCUUGAGACGCUUGUUGGAGAAUGAACCUGCCAGCAAUGUGGGAAAUUGCCAGAGUCUGAAUGACAACAGCGUUGGAAGGACAAAUUUCAAAGGAAUUCUCAACCACUACUGUCAGAAAAAAAGCCUCGUCCCUAAUUACCUCCCAGUGAAAAGAAGCGGUCUACCACAUUGUCCCCAAUUCACCUACAAAGUAGUAAUCGAAGAGAAGGAGUACCCUGAGGGGGAGGGUAAUACUAUCAUGCAAGCCCAACAAAAUGCUGCUCAGCAGGCCUGGUCUGCUCUUCAAGAGCAGUCCGACUGGGACAGCAAGGUUUCCUUGAGGUCUACUGUGUACGAAGAUGAUGAUCCCCCUCUCAUGUCCUCCACUUCAACAUCGACCUUGACAGCAACUUCACUGGACCCCACAAAGUCGUCAUCACAAAGCGAACCAAUGAGUACGAGUGACUCCAUAGUAUUCAUGGACUCAUCAAACCAUCACAAUGAUCAGGUUGCUGUGGAAAAAAAGGGUAGGGCCGAUAGUGUGAGUAACACACCAACCAGUUCCAGAUUUACAUCAGAGUUUGAUUCCAUAAAGUUUCUUGGGGGAGGAGGCUAUGGUCAGGUGUACGAAGCAAGAGAAAUACUGGUGAACAAGAAGUAUGCUGUCAAGAUUGUCCGUGGUGAAGAAAAAGCUCUGCGAGAGGUGAGGGCAUUAUCAGAGCUUUUUCACAACAACAUUGUGCGAUACUACACUUGUUGGAUGGAGGAUACAGGUUACAUGCAGGACAGCUCAGCAGGCAGUAGCUCUUCUCAGUCAAGUGGUAAUUCAUCGGUUAAGUCCCUCUACAUUAAGAUGGAGUUGUGUGACACCAAAACACUUAGACUCUGGAUCGAUGAGAAGAAUGCAAAAACUCUGCAAGAUACCAACAGACGACAGGAGAGUCUAACCAUCGCUCAACAAAUAGUCAGUGGAGUCGAGUACAUUCACUCCCAAGUACUCAUCCACAGGGAUCUGAAGCCUGCCAACAUCCUGCUUAGACAGGAUGGACAAGUGAAGAUUGGAGACUUUGGUCUGGUCACUGUUGAUGAUGUCGAUGAUAAAAACCCAAUGGAGAGAACUAACGAAACAGGAACUCCUUCUUACAUGGCUCCAGAACAACUUGAGAACAUCUAUGACCGGAAGGUGGACAUAUUCGCCUUUGGGCUGAUAUACCUUGAGCUCCUCUGGAAAGUCUCUUCUGGCCAUGAAAGGGGGAAGGUUUUAAGAGAUGCCAGAAAUCAGAAGUUCCCCAGAGAGUAUCAACUUACUUUUCCUCAAGAGGAACAAAUAAUAAGGUCAAUGCUCUGUAAGGAGCCAAAACAACGACCUGAAGCAAUGGCUCUGAAGGCAGAGCUGGAAAAGUUGGCCCACACUCUCAACCCUGAAAAAACUGAACAUCAGAAAAAUGUUACAGUCUGAAAGUGACACACGCAGGAGGUUAUAAACAUCUGUCUCCUCUGAUUGUACAUUUAGAUGUUUUAUGAUUUUGUGAUGGCUUUUAUUGUGCUUUAACCUGAGAUCUGUAGCCCACAAACAACUCAUACUUAACUAGACACACACACACACACACACACACACACACACACACACACACACACACACACACACACACACACACACACACAACAGACCGGUUGAAUGCAGUUAUUGAAAGUCACUUUUGUUGAAAGCAUCAGCUAAAUGAAAUGUAAUGUAAUGAAAUCUCACACAGGUAUGACAAUGGGUGGCAGUUUUGGAUGUUUCGUGGGGCUUGUCGUACAAACAGUAGCAUGAAUGAAAUAUAAAAUCAAUUUUAUCACGAUCCCCGGAAAAUUAUCAUUUGACACCAAUUGGGGGUGGGAUCUCCAGGUUGAUUACAAGUGCGCUAAAUAUCAUCAAAGGGAAUGACUUUUGGGGCCCCCCCCAUACUGCUCAGAACCUGGGUGUGACACUUGAAAGUCAACUCUCCGCGCAGGCCAGCGCAUGCUUCUGCGUUUUCACGGCCCCGCAAGAGCAAGAGCCCUUCCGGGGCCCUUACGUGCUUAUGUAUCUCUUCUUACGUGCUUACGUGCGUCGCCCCAUUUUUCUAACUAGACUAGACUAUUUGAUUGGUCUGCUAACUACAUCCUUUCCAGAGUCUUAUUUCCGGUUUCAUGCCACAUAAUAACCGCAGAAACAACGGAAGAUUUAGAAGAACCAAUAUGGACCAAAUAGAAGAGCGUUUGGCAGAAGAGAUCCGAAAGUAUGAUCACUUGGUUAACCCGUCACUGACUGGCGGAUUUGUGCGCCAGAAAAAGGCUACGAGGAGCCGCAGUGGCUAUGUAAAUAAACAAUCAACGAAGAAGAAAGAAGGCGUCACUAAGGUCGUCUUCGAAAAAAAACAUUACUCCGCCUAGUCUUCUGGCGGCGAAUUGCUUUAUAAGACGCGCAGCGCUUGGGGAAGCUUGGGGAAGCAUGAAUGACAAAGAGUCCUGCAACACAGCUGCGUGAAAAGCCGCCGACGCAGUUGCAGAAGCAUGCGCCGGCCUUUAGCGCCAACAUUUCUGCAGCAACACGUUCUUGUUGAUUCAUGCUGCACAACAUCAGGAGAAUACGUCCACUUCUCACUCAGAAGGCAGCACAGGUUCUGGUCCAGGCUCUUGUCAUCUUACGCCUAGACUAUUGUAACUCUCUCCUGGCAGGUCUACCUGCUAGCACCAUCUGACCUCUGCAGCUCAUCCAGAAUGCAGCAGCUCGCCUGGUCUUUAACCUAAAUUCACUCACACUACGCCACUCCUCCACUCCCUUCACUGGUUACCAGUGGCUACCCGUAUCCGUUUCAAAACAUUAGUAUUUGUGUACCGUGCAGCGAACAGAUCGGGUCCAGUCUACAUCCAGGACAUGGUCAUACGUUACACCCCAGCCCAUUCACUUCGCUCUGCAUCUGCCAAUCGGCUUGUUGCUCCCUCACUGCGAGCUAAACACUCAACAAAAUCACGACUCUUUGCUGUCCUGGCUCCUGAAUGGUGGAAUGAGCUCCCCAGUUACAUCAAGACAGCAGAAGGUCUAUACAUCUUCCGCAGCUAACUAAAAGCAGACCUCUUCUGACUAUACCUUCAAUAAAAGUUUAAACUAACAAUUUAGUAGCACUUAGAUGGUACUUACUUAUGGCACUUUGUAGUUUGGCUUUCUUGAAGAAAAAGAACUUCUUGAUUCUUGUUGUUACGGGUUUGUACCCUCAUGGUUGAAUUCACUUAUUGUAAAUCGCUUUGGUGGAAGCGUCAGCUAAAUGAAAUGUAAUGUCAUGUAAUCAAGAGAUAUUUUAUGAUGAGAUAUAUUAAUGAUGGAAAUGUCUUUUCUGUUAUGUAUAAGUGUUUUAAAUCAUUCCAGCCAUUGCAUUGUAUUGCUUAUCAUAAGGGGGAAAUAAAA